GUCAAGGGCAUGUUUUUGUGAUGGGGUGUAUGCAGGGGCGGACUGACCAUUUAGAAACUCGGGCCCUGCCUGAGGGCCCGGGGGCAGUAGGGGGCCCCAUGAGAUGCCCCCGGUACCUUUUUCGUAGGCUUUUUUGAGUUUGGGCAAGGACACAGGGGCCCCAUGAUCCCCUAUUGCCCAGGGGCCUCAUGAGUUGUCAGUCUGCCCCUGGGUAUGCCCCUGGUACCUUUUUUCAU